CGCGACAACCACUUGCUGUUGCGUUCUCUCCAUCCUCAUCAACAGCAGUCAACAUGGGUAAAAUCGUCCACAUCGUCCUCUGGAAGCUCAAGCCCUCCAUCAACGUCGCGACGGCGACCGCCGCAAUCGACGCGCUCAAGACCGUCCCUGGCCCCAUCAGCGCGCACCUCGGCCCGCCGGCCAUCCACGACCGCGCAAAGGGCUUCAACUACGGCCUGUACUCUGUCUUUGAGAGCCGCGAGGCGCUCGACACGUACGCUGUGUCUGAGGCGCAUGUCAAGGUCGUUGUGGAGAACGUGCGGCCUAAUGUUGAGGACGUCCUUGCGUACGACUUUGAGCUUGAGCAGUAGUUUGACUGGCAAUGCAAUGUUGAAGUGACA